GCCAGGAAGCCGCCGGGAGCCUGGCUUCGGGAAAACGUGGUCUCAGCUGUCGGGUCCUCGAGCAGGCCUCGACCCUGCUCCCCGACCGGAGAGGCCCGGCGCCUCGCCCUCACCCUCACCCGGUCUUUGUGCGGGGCGCCGGCGGCCAUUGUGUCCGUGCGGGAAAUGGAGGAGCCGGCAAUCCCCUACCGCCACCGCCGCGUCCAGGGCCUUUGGGGAAUUCAGAGAACACCAGCGGCGUUUCUGGGGGGUCCCCGGCCUGCAGCCUCCCGGAAAGGCCCGGGGAUGGCAUUUCCGAAGUCAGACCUCAGAUGCGAGGCCGUUUCCCCUGCCCUCUGCCCCUCAUCGAAACCUUGAGCCCCAUUGAGAAGUCCUUUCGGGGUUUCGGAAGCCUCACCCGGGGCCGGUCCUUAAAUAGAAACGACAACAACAAAAAGCCCUACGGCCUGCCCCGGCCGCCUUCGGGAGAGUUCUCCUGGCUCCCAGUAGGAGGCAGAGAGCGGAGGAGCGUGCUCGAGCGAGGGGGCUGGACUGCCGGUGGCAGGAGGCCGCCCUCAUUCUGGGCGAUGGAGGAGGAAGCGAGCGAGGCGGCCGGUUCCUGAGCUUCGUAAUUGCCGUGUCGCCCUCGGGACACCCAGCCGGCAGGGCCGCAUGGUCCCUGCAGCCGCAGCUGGGUUUUUUGCCAGCCGCCCGUGAGGCCGGUUGAGUUACCGGCAGCCGCCUCCUCUCCGGACCCCAUGGUACAAAAGAUCGCCCGGGGACUGCACCUGCCUGCCUUUGCCAGAGACGUGUUUGAAUAACCUUAUCUUGGCUUUGGAUCUCAGAAGGCAACCACUAACUAGAGACCAGACUCCAGUGAGUGAGCAGGUGUUUUGGACAAUGGACUGGUGGAGCCCAUCCCUAUUAUAAAAAAAUGUCUCAGAGCAACCGGGAACUGGUGGUUGACUUUCUCUCCUACAAGCUUUCCCAGAAAGGAUACAGCUGGAGUCAGUUCAGUGAUGUGGAAGAGAACAGAACUGAGGCCCCAGAAGGGACUGAAUCAGAGGUGGAGACCCCCAGUGCCAUCAAUGGCAACCCAUCCUGGCACCUGGUGGACAGCCCUGCGGUGAAUGGAGCCACUGGCCACAGCAGCAGCUUGGAUGCCCGGGAGGUGAUUCCCAUGGCAGCGGUGAAGCAAGCGCUGAGGGAGGCAGGCGAUGAGUUUGAACUGCGGUACCGGCGGGCGUUCAGCGACCUGACAUCCCAGCUCCACAUCACCCCGGGGACAGCAUAUCAGAGCUUUGAGCAAGUAGUGAAUGAACUCUUCCGGGAUGGGGUGAACUGGGGUCGCAUUGUGGCCUUUUUCUCGUUCGGUGGGGCAUUGUGCGUGGAAAGUGUGGACAAGGAGAUGCAGGUAUUGGUGAGUCGGAUUGCAACGUGGAUGGCCACUUACCUGAAUGACCACCUAGAGCCUUGGAUCCAGGAGAACGGAGGCUGGGGUGGCUGCUGGGAGCCCAGUGAAGAGGCUGGUGCAACUGUCAGGACACCUUUGUGGAACUCUAUGGGAACAACGCAGCAGCCGAGAGCCGGAAGGGCCAGGAACGCUUCAAUCGCUGGUUCCUGACGGGCAUGACUGUGGCUGGCGUGGUUCUGCUGGGCUCACUCUUCAGUCGGAAAUGACCGGACACUGACCAUCCACUCACCCUCCCACGCCCGUCCUUUCCUCACCACAUCCCUCCUUUCAGCCACCAUUGCCACCAGGAGAACCACUACAUAUAGCCCAUGGCCACCCUACACAUCACAGGGUUGGGCCUAGACCUGGUCCCCCACAAUUAGUUUUCUAGAAUUUACUAUGCUUCCGUGAGAGCUGCCUUCCCCCACACCUCAGUUCUCCUGGCCUCAAAACCCACAAAGUUUCCCCAAAAUCUGCCCCAUGGAGCUGGCAGGCAUGUGGGAGUUAAUGGCUGAUGGCUGGAAGGGCCCUACCUGAUUGGUGGGACCUCCUUAUCCCUUAGCCUCCCCUAGAAUGCUUUCCUGCCAGGGAGCUAGAAAGUUUUCUGACCCCUUUUCCUAGAAAGACUAGAUUGCCUUCGUUUUCAUGUUUGUGGCCUCAGAAUUGAUCAUUUCUUAUCCCCUCCCCACCCCACCCCACCCUCUAGGACCUGGGUUCCCCUUUCUUUCAUUCCCACCCUCCAGUGGCCACUUAGGGGCCAAUUCUGACUAAUUAGGGAUUCAGGCUGCUUGGGAUAAAGAAACAAGGACCAGGACCCCCUCCCCAACUCUGGCCUGACCAAAGUCUCCCCUCCAACCCCAGCCCCAAUGUCCUCUAGAGGUGUCUGGCUAGAGGCCAGCCUAACCCAGGAGGAGGGGGCUGUACUGCAGGAAGCACCCCAUACCAAAGCUUGGGUGUCCCUUGCAGUUUAGCACUACCCCAGCUUCCCUCUCCUUCCCCUCCCCUGGCUCCCAUGACCGUGACUGAGGGACCAACUGGGCCCAAGACAGGUGCCCCAGAGCUGUUUAUGGCCUCAGCUGCCUCACUUCCUGCAAGGAGAUCAGCCUUGUGGCAUCUUUGCUUUGGAUUGCUGCCCAUGGGGUUCAGAGGCCUCGGCCCAGGGGGGAAGGGGAGCUACAGGCAGUAGCUAUGGGAGCCCUAGGGUCUUCCCUACCUCAGGCAGGAAGGGCAGGAAGGAGAGCCUGGUGUGCAGGGUGGAAGUAGGGCGGCCUGGAGGGGCCAGUCCUGCCUGGCCAAACAGAUUUGUGCCCCACCCCCAUUCAGCCUAGGCAGCUGGGCUGCCAGGUCAGGCUGGGCUGCCAGGUCAGAAUGGCCUGGCCAGGAGCCCUUCAGGCCUCCCUCCCUCCUCUGCUCUACCCAUAGCCUGUCUCAUCCCUGGGGGUCCCGGCCUAGCAGCCCUGCCCCCCCCCCCCCACACACACACCCUCUGGGCUCUCUGCUGUACAUAUUCAAAACUAGUUUUUAUUCCUUGUGAAGAUAUACUAUUUUUGUUAAGCGUGUCUGUAUUUAUGUGUGAGGAGCUGCUGGCUUGCUGUGCGUGUGCACAUGGAGAGCUGGUGCCCAGAGAUUGAACAGCCUGACGCUCCCUCCCUGCCCUGGUCCGAGGAAGCCAACCAGGGGUCCUGGCUCCUGAGGGGCACCUAUCCCACCCCCAACCCCCACCCCACACUUGUCCCAGCUCUUUGAAAUAGUUUGUGUGACGGUGAAAGUGGAGUAAUAAACUGUGUUGAUCAUUGAG